UUUCUGGAUUUACGCUUUGCUAGCAACCAAACAUCAGCUAGUCCACCAUCCAAUUGCCCUUCCUAAUAUAUGCCAGCGAACAAUUAAUAUCCCCAAGCAAGAUGCCGCCAGAGAAGAGGAAUAAAUUUUUAGACGCGGACGAGAGCGACGACGACGAUAGCCAGGGCUACAACUCCGAGGCGGAAGAACUACAGAAAGGCGGUCGCAUCGCAAAGCGUCGCAAACUAAGUGACGAUGCUGCCAGCGACGAUGACGAGGACGAUGACAAGGACGAAGUAAGCGCGGGAGAGGAAUCCGAACAUGAAGAUGCCAUAAAACGCGAUCAUUCUCAACGAGAAACCUCGGAUGCAAAAACGGACGGAGACAAGUUAAAAUCCAAACUAGACUCAUUGCCAGAAUUACCCGACGUUUCGCGCCCCUUGACAAAAAAGAACCUAGUAGCUACAGAAGCAGCCGUAAAGAAAUCUGGCCUCAUCUACAUCUCGCGCGUACCGCCCUUCAUGAAACCCGCCAAGCUACGAUCGCUACUGGAGCCAUACGGCAAGAUCAACAGGAUAUUCCUGACGCCCGAGGACCCGCAAGAGCGUUCUCGACGAAUCCGGCAGGGCGGGAAUAAGAAGCACAUGUACACGGACGGCUGGGUAGAAUUCGUGCGCAAGCAAGACGCCAAGAAAGCCGUCGAUCUACUAAAUGCUCGGACGAUAGGCGGGAAGAAGAAUUCCUACUACCGCGACGACAUCUGGAGCAUGCUCUACCUCAAGGGCUUCAAAUGGCACAACCUGACCGAGCAGAUAAACUCGGAAAUGGCGGAGCGGACAAGCAGGAUGAGGGCGGAGAUCAGCAAGUCGACCAAGGAGAACAAGGAGUUCGUGCGGAACAUCGAGAGAGCGAAGAUGCUGGAAGGAAUGCAGACUAAAGCGGCGGCGAAGCGCGGUAGGGAAGAGAAGGACGCCUCUGCUGCUGCUGCGAGUAAAUCGGACGAUAAGAGUAUGCGGAAGUUCAAGCAAGCCCCUGUGGCGAAGAAAGGGGUUGACCUGGCUCCUGAGGAGGCUAAACGAGUCCUAAGCAAACUUUUUUGAUUCCGAAAAUAAUGAUACCCGGCCUUUUUGCAUAUCCUCGAAUCUGGAGUGGUAUGAUGCGUGUGUUGAUACGUGAUUUCGAUUUUAUCUUAUUGAAGCUCCAUGGUAAACAGCCUUCCUG